AGUCUCAAAGUUUACGAAGAUCAUCCCGCAGGAUACUGGCAGCAUGGGCGAGCUAAUAGAUUCAGUUCUAGCUCCUCUUCCCCAAAAGUGGCGAAAUUGGGUAGUUCGUGGCGUUUUUACGAUAAUUAUGGUAUCAAUGUUCUCCUAUAUUGUAAGUAGAGGACCGACAUGGCUGAUGGCUCUCGUGUUCGCUAUACAGUUCAAAUGCUUCCAUGAAAUCAUCAGCAUCGGUCUCGCUGUUUAUCGAAUGUUUGAUUUCCCAUGGUUUCGUCUGCUCUCUUGGUAUUUUCUUAUCACGAGUAACUACUUUUUCUUUGGAGAGAGCCUCAUUGACUAUUGGGCCAUUGCGCUGAGGAAAGAUAAUUUCCUGCAAUUCCUCAAUUCCUACCAUCGACUAAUCAGUUUUGCUCUUUACUGCGUGGGAUUCGUUUGGUUUGUGUUGUCACUGAGGAAGGGAUACUACUUGCGCCAGUUUUCUUUGGUAUUUUUUUCUUUCUACUUUGCGCAUUUUCUGCGCUUUACUGAAUAUGGAAAUCAACUACUAUUUAGUUUUAACUCUUUUGCUCAUAUAAUACCACUUUAUGUACACAUAUCCUUUGCGUGGACUCAUAUAACCCUGCUGUUAAUCGUAUUCCAAUCCUUCUUCAUCAUUCAAAAUAUCUUCCAAGGGACAAUUUGGUUCCUUGCCCCUGUUUCAAUGAUCAUUUGCUGUGAUGUGAUGUCGUACAUGUUUGGAUUUUUCUUCGGUCGCACACCCUUGAUCAAGUUGUCGCCUAAGAAGACAUGGGAAGGUUUCAUAGGGGGAGCCGUGAGCACCGUUGUUUUUGGAGUAGCGCUUGCCUACUUCCUGCAUAAUCGACCUUUCUUCGUGUGUCCAGUAGAAGAUUACUACAUUGAUAAUACGAACUGCACCAUACCAUCGUCUUUCCAAACACAGCAGUAUGCGGUGCCACGACCUUUUUCCUGGAUUCUUUCACUACUAAGGCGUGAUCCACAUAUUUAUAUAUUCCCGUUUGUUCUUCAUGCGAUCGUUAUGGCGUUGUUCGCUAGUUUGCUCGGACCAUUUGGUGGAUUCUUUGCUAGUGGAUUCAAACGAGCAUUCAAGAUUAAGGACUUUGGAGACGUUAUUCCGGGUCAUGGAGGACUUAUGGACCGUUUUGAUUGUCAAGUGCCAAAUCCCGCGAAGCUAGUAACGCAGAUCUUAUGGCUUCAACCUGAAGAUCAGAUUGCAGUGUUCAAUUCGCUCAAACAUGAAUUAAUGCAAUCUGGACUCUUACAGCGAUCUUAAGG